AUGACCUUCAUAGCCACUGGGAGGCCACCUCCACCUGGUGUGAGGCUCCAGAUUUGUCUGAAGGAGGUGACACAGCUCCAUGAAGAACUCCUUGAUAAAUCAGAGCUUCCUCAGCAUUGCUCCUGGAUUGAUUUGAAAUUGGUGUUCAGUGGUUUGAUGUUUUUUUCUCUUGUUGUAGCUGUCACUGCUCACCAAAUAGGAACCAUAACAGGUUUCACUACAAGGAAAGCAACUACAGCUGAGUCAACUUCUGGCUCCAAACCGGAAGUGACCACGACAACAGUGAAAUUAGCUACAACCAGGUCCACUCCUGGCCCCACACCGGAAGGGGUCAGUACAACAGUGAAACCAACAACAACUGGGUACACGACUGGUUCCACACCGGAAGUGACCACGACAACAGUGAAAUCAACUACAACCAGGUCCACUCCUGGCUCCACACCGGAAGUGCCAAUUUCAUCAACCAUAACAACAUCUGUGUCUACAACCAGUUCUACAGCUGCAGUGUCAACAACAACACAGGAAACAACUACCACACCUGUGACUGAGAAAACUACUACAGCAGAAGGAGUCACUACAACAGUGAAACCAACUACAACUGGGUACACGACUGGUUCCACACCGGAAGUGACCACGACAACAGUGAAAUCAACUACAGCCAGGGCCGCGCCUGGCUCCACACCGGCAGUGUCAACAACAACACAGGAAACAACUACCACACCUGUGACUGAGAAAACUACUACAACAGAAGGGUUCACUACAACAGUGAAACCAACAACAACUGGCUACAUGACUGGUUCCACACCGAAAGUGACCACGACAACAGGAAAAUCAACUACAACCAGGUCCACUCUUGGCUCCAUACCAGCAGUGUCAACAACAACACAGGAAACAACUACCACACCUGUGACUGAGAAAACUACUACAGCAGAAGGGGUCACUACAACAGUGAAACCAACAACAACUGGGUACACGACUGGUUCCACACCGGAAGUGACCACGACAACAGGAAAACCAACUACAACCAGGUACACUCCUGGCUCCACACCAGUGUCAACAACAACACAGGAAACAACUACCACACCUGUGACUGAGAUAACUACUACAGCAGAAGGGGUCAGUACAACAGUGAAACCAACAACAACUGGGUACACGACUGGUUCCACACCGGAAGUGACCACGACAACAGGAAAAUCAACUACAACCAGUUCCACUCUUGGCUCCACACCAGCGGUGUCAACAACAACACAGGAAACAACUACCACACCUGUGACUGAGAAAACUACUACAGCAGAAGGGGUCACUACAACAGUGAAACCAACAACAACUGGCUACACGACUGGUUCCACACCGAAAGUGACCACGACAACAGGAAAACCAACUACAACCAGGUACACUCCUGGCUCCACACCAGCAGUGUCAACAACAACACAGGAAACAACUACCACACCUGUGACUGAGAUAACUACUACAGCAGAAGGGGUCAGUACAACAGUGAAACCAACAACAACUGGGUACACGACUGGUUCCACACCGGAAGUGACCACGACAACAGGAAAAUCAACUACAACCAGUUCCACUCUUGGCUCCACACCAGCAGUGUCAACAACAACACAGGAAACAACUACCACACCUGUGACUGAGAAAACUACUACAGCAGAAGUGACCACGACAACAGGAAAACCAACUACAACCAGGUCCACUCCUGGCUCCUCACCAGUGUCAACAACAACACAGGAAACAACUACCACACCUGUGACUGAGAAAACUACUACAGCAGAAGUGACCACGACAACAGGAAAACCAACUACAACCAGGUCCACUCCUGGCUCCACACCAGCAGUGUCAACAACAACACAGGAAACAACUACUACACCUGUGACUGAGAAAACUACUACAGCAGAAGUGACCACGACAACAGGAAAACCAACUACAACCAGGUCCACUCCUGGCUCCACACCAGCAGUGUCAACAACAACACAGGAAACAACUACCACACCUGUGACUGAGAAAACUACUACAGCAGAAGGGGUCACUACAACAGUGAAACCAACAACAACUGGGUACACGACUGGUUCCACACCGGAAGUGACCACGACAACAGGAAAACCAACUACAUCCAGGUCCACUCCUGGCUCCUCACCAGCAGUGUCAACAACAACACAGGAAACAACUACCACACCUGUGACUGAGAAAACUACUACAGCAGAAGUGACCACGACAACAGGAAAACCAACUACAACCAGUUCCACUCCUGGCUCCACACCAGCAGUGUCAACAACAACACAGGAAACAACUACCACACCUGUGACUGAGAAAACUACUACAGCAGAAGGGUUCACUACAACAGUGAAACCAACAACAACUGGCUACAUGACUGGUUCCACACCGAAAGUGACCACGACAACAGGAAAACCAACUACAACCAGGUCCACUCCUGGCUCCACACCAGCAGUGUCAACAACAACACAGGAAACAACUACCACACCUGUGACUGAGAAAACUACUACAGCAGAAGGGGUCACUACAACAGUGAAACCAACAACAACUGGGUACACGACUGGUUCCACACCGGAAGUGACCACGACAACAGGAAAACCAACUACAACCAGGUCCACUCCUGGCUCCACACCAGCAGUGUCAACAACAACACAGGAAACAACUACCACACCUGUGACUGAGAAAACUACUACAGCAGAAGUGACCACGACAACAGGAAAACCAACUACAACCAGGUCCACUCCUGGCUCCACACCAGUGUCAACAACAACACAGGAAACAACUACCACACCUGUGACUGAGAAAACUACUACAGCAGAAGUGACCACGACAACAGGAAAACCAACUACAACCAGGUCCACUCCUGGCUCCACACCAGCAGUGUCAACAACAACACAGGAAACAACUACCACACCUGUGACUGAGAAAACUACUACAGCAGAAGGGGUCACUACAACAGUGAAACCAACAACAACUGGGUACACGACUGGUUCCACACCGGAAGUGACCACGACAACAGGAAAACCAACUACAACCAGUUCCACUCCUGGCUCCACACCAGGGUCAACAACAACACAGGAAACAACUACCACACCUGUGACUGAGAAAACUACUACAGCAGAAGUGACCACGACAACAGGAAAACCAACUACAACCAGGUCCACUCCUGGCUCCACACCAGCAGUGUCAACAACAACACAGGAAACAACUACCACACCUGUGACUGAGAAAACUACUACAGCAGAAGGGUUCACUACAACAGUGAAACCAACAACAACUGGCUACAUGACUGGUUCCACACCGAAAGUGACCACGACAACAGGAAAACCAACUACAACCAGGUCCACUCCUGGCUCCACACCAGCAGUGUCAACAACAACACAGGAAACAACUACCACACCUGUGACUGAGAAAACUACUACAGCAGAAGGGGUCACUACAACAGUGAAACCAACAACAACUGGGUACACGACUGGUUCCACACCGGAAGUGACCACGACAACAGGAAAACCAACUACAACCAGUUCCACUCCUGGCUCCACACCAGUGUCAACAACAACACAGGAAACAAAUACCACACCUGUGACUGAGAAAACUACUACAGCAGAAGGGGUCACUACAACAGUGAAACCAACAACAACUGGGUACACGACUGGUUCCACACCGGAAGUGACCACGACAACUGGAAAACCAACUACAACCAGUUCCACUCCUGGCUCCACACCAGCAGUGUCAACAACAACACAGGAAACAACUACCACACCUGUGACUGAGAAAACUACUACAGCAGAAGUGACCACGACAACAGGAAAACCAACUACAACCAGGUCCACUCCUGGCUCCACACCAGCAGUGUCAACAACAACACAGGAAACAACUACCACACCUGUGACUGAGAAAACUACUACAGCAGAAGUGACCACGACAACAGGAAAACCAACUACAACCAGGUCCACUCCUGGCUCCACACCAGUGUCAACAACAACACAGGAAACAACUACCACACCUGUGACUGAGAAAACUACUACAGCAGAAGGGGUCACUACAACAGUGAAACCAACAACAACUGGGUACACGACUGGUUCCACACCGGAAGUGACCACGACAACAGGAAAACCAACUACAACCAGUUCCACUCCUGGCUCCACACCAGUGUCAACAACAACACAGGAAACAACUACCACACCUGUGACUGAGAAAACUACUACAGCAGAAGGGGUCACUACAACAGUGAAACCAACAACAACUGGGUACACGACUGGUUCCACACCGGAAGUGACCACGACAACUGGAAAACCAACUACAACCAGUUCCACUCCUGGCUCCACACCAGCAGUGUCAACAACAACACAGGAAACAACUACCACACCUGUGACUGAGAAAACUACUACAGCAGAAGGGGUCACUACAACAGUGAAACCAACAACAACUGUGUACACGACUGGUUCCACACCGGAAGUGACCACGACAACAGGAAAACCAACUACAACCAGUUCCACUCCUGGCUCCACACCAGCAGUGUCAACAACAACACAGGAAACAACUACCACACCUGUGACUGAGAAAACUACUACAGCAGAAGGGGUCACUACAACAGUGAAACCAACAACAACGGGGUACACGACUGGUUCCACACCGGAAGUGACCACGACAACUGGAAAACCAACUACAACCAGUUCCACUCCUGGCUCCACACCAGCAGUGUCAACAACAACACAGGAAACAACUACCACACCUGUGACUGAGAAAACUACUACAGCAGAAGGGGUCACUACAACAGUGAAACCAACAACAACUGGGUACACGACUGGUUCCACACCGGAAGUGACCACGACAACUGGAAAACCAACUACAACCAGUUCCACUCCUGGCUCCACACCAGCAGUGUCAACAACAACACAGGAAACAACUACCACACCUGUGACUGAGAAAACUACUACAGCAGAAGGGGUCACUACAACAGUGAAACCAACAACAACUGUGUACACGACUGGUUCCACACCGGAAGUGACCACGACAACAGGAAAACCAACUACAACCAGUUCCACUCCUGGCUCCACACCAGCAGUGUCAACAACAACACAGGAAACAACUACCACACCUGUGACUGAGAAAACUACUACAGCAGAAGGGGUCACUACAACAGUGAAACCAACAACAACGGGGUACACGACUGGUUCCACACCGGAAGUGACCACGACAACUGGAAAACCAACUACAACCAGUUCCACUCCUGGCUCCACACCAGGGUCAACAACAACACAGGAAACAACUACCACACCUGUGACUGAGAAAACUACUACAGCAGAAGUGACCACGACAACAGGAAAACCAACUACAACCAGGUCCACUCCUGGCUCCGCACCAGUGUCAACAACAACACAGGAAACAACUACCACACCUGUGACUGAGAAAACUACUACAGCAGAAGUGACCACGACAACAGGAAAACCAACUGCAACCAGGUCCACUCCUGGCUCCGCACCAGCAGUGUCAACAACAACACAGGAAACAACUACCACACCUGUGACUGAGAAAACUACUACAGCAGAAGGGUUCACUACAACAGUGAAACCAACAACAACUGGCUACAUGACUGGUUCCACACCGAAAGUGACCACGACAACAGGAAAACCAACUACAACCAGGUCCACUCCUGGCUCCGCACCAGCAGUGUCAACAACAACACAGGAAACAACUACCACACCUGUGACUGAGAAAACUACUACAGCAGAAGUGACUCCGACAACAGGAAAACCAACUACAACCAGGUCCACUCCUGGCUCCACACCAGUGUCAACAACAACACAGGAAACAACUACCACACCUGUGACUGAGAAAACUACUACAGCAGAAGUGACUACGACAACAGGAAAACCAACUACAACCAGGUCCACUCCUGGCUCCACACCAGCAGUGUCAACAACAACACAGGAAACAACUACCACACCUGUGACUGAGAAAACUACUACAGCAGAAGGGUUCACUACAACAGUGAAACCAACAACAACUGGCUACAUGACUGGUUCCACACCGAAAGUGACCACGACAACAGGAAAACCAACUACAACCAGGUCCACUCCUGGCUCCACACCAGCAGUGUCAACAACAACACAGGAAACAACUACCACACCUGUGACUGAGAAAACUACUACAGCAGAAGUGACUACGACAACAGGAAAACCAACUACAACCAGGUCCACUCCUGGCUCCACACCAGCAGUGUCAACAACAACACAGGAAACAACUACCACACCUGUGACUGAGAAAACUACUACAGCAGAAGUGACCACGACAACAGGAAAACCAACUACAACCAGGUCCACUCCUGGCUCCACACCAGCAGUGUCAACAACAACACAGGAAACAACUACCACACCUGUGACUGAGAAAACUACUACAGCAGAAGUGACUACGACAACAGGAAAACCAACUACAACCAGGUCCACUCCUGGCUCCACACCAGCAGUGUCAACAACAACACAGGAAACAACUACCACACCUGUGACUGAGAAAACUACUACAGCAGAAGUGACCACGACAACAGGAAAACCAACUACAACCAGGUCCACUCCUGGCUCCACACCAGCAGUGUCAACAACAACACAGGAAACAACUACCACACCUGUGACUGAGAAAACUACUACAGCAGAAGUGACUACGACAACAGGAAAACCAACUACAACCAGGUCCACUCCUGGCUCCACACCAGCAGUGUCAACAACAACACAGGAAACAACUACCACACCUGUGACUGAGAAAACUACUACAGCAGAAGUGACCACGACAACAGGAAAACCAACUACAACCAGGUCCACUCCUGGCUCCACACCAGCAGUGUCAACAACAACACAGGAAACAACUACCACACCUGUGACUGAGAAAACUACUACAGCAGAAGUGGUCACUACAACAGUGAAAGCAACAACAACUGGGUACAUGACUGGUUCCACACCGGAAGCGACCACGACAACAGGAAAAUCAACUACAACCAGGACCACUCCUGGCUCCACACCAGCAGUGUCAACAACAACACAGGAAACAACUACCACACCUGUGACUGAGAAAACUACUACAGCAGAAGUGGUCACUACAACAGUGAAAGCAACAACAACUGGGUACAUGACUGGUUCCACACCGGAAGCGACCACGACAACAGGAAUAUCAACUACAACCAGGACCACUCCUGGCUCCACACCAGCAGUGUCAACAACAACACAGGAAACAACUACCACACCUGUGACUGAGAAAACUACUACAGCAGGGGUCACUACAACAGUGAAACCAAAAUCAACUGGGUACACGACUGGCUCCACACCAGAAGUGACCACGACAACAGUGAAAUCAGCUACAACCAGCUCCACUACCAGCUCCACACCAGAAGUGCCAACUCCAUCAACCGUAACAACAACUGUGUCUACAGCCAGUUCUACAACUGGAGUGAUUUGCAAUGGUGCAUGGUCUGACUGGUUUAAUGGAAAAACGCCAUCUAUUUUUGACAAAAAUGAUUCCGAAUUACUGGAGCCAAUACGUGACAAAUUGUGCCCUAUUUUCACUAAUAAAAUAAGCCACAUUGAAUGUGAAGCUGUCAAAUUCCCACAGCGUCCAAUCAGUGAAACAAAGGACAAUGUCACUUGCGAUGUAGAGAAGGGACUGAUUUGCAGUUUCAAUGAAGAGACUUCUCUGAACGCCAUGAUGUGUUUGGACUAUAGAAUUCGAGUCUGCUGUGAGUCUGUAACGCCUUCGAUCCCGAGCACAGUUUAUCCAACAUCAAUAAUUAGCUCAACGACAAGUGACGAGGGAUGUUAUUGUAAUCGAUUGCCUCUUAGAAAAUGCAAUGAAACUUGGGAGGAAGGUUGCUCCAAAAUUACUUGUUUGAGAGAAGAUACCUAUUUGACAGUAAACAUGACAUGUCCAUCACCACAGAAUAAACCAACAUGCAGGAGUGGCAUGGAGCCUGUGAAAGUCCGAACUAAAAAUGGCUGUUGUGAGAAAUGGGAAUGUGAUUGUGAAUGUGAAGUAUGGGGAGAGCCACAUUAUCGUACAUUUGAUGGCCUGCAAUACGACUUCUUUGAGAAUUGCACAUAUAUUCUUGUUGAAGAGCAAGUUCCAAAAUACAAUUUAAGAAUUCUAUUGGACAAUUAUUUUUGCUGGCCCAGUGUGCCUAAAUCUUGUCCAAAAGGGCUAGUUAUAUUUUACAAUGGAAAUACUGUAGCUAUUUCAACUGGGGAUCAGUAUGUGUUAACUGUCAACAAAAAAGAAGUGAGUCUUCCCUACAAGGCAAAGGGAUUUGAUAUUAUUAAUCUGGGCAGCAUCACACAUAUUUCUAUUCCUGAUAUUCGAACAUUUAUUACUGCUGUCCGCAAUAACUUUCGGAUCAGAGUGCCAGAACAAUACUUCUUUAAUAACACCCAAGGCCAAUGCGGAUCCUGCUCACACUCCCAAUCCAAAUGCACAAGAAAGAAUGGGAAAGUCGAACCACCUGACUGCUGCCCCAGCACUGCAUAUGACUGGAGAGUUGAUGAUCCCAAUAAACCUUAUUGUUCAGUACCUCCUCCUAAUGUUCCUUGUAUCCCACCUACUCCUGCACCAACAUGUAGACCUGAGAAUACAAUCUGUGAUAUCAUUGGAGGAAAGCCAUUUGAACAAUGCAGAAAGAAGAUCAACCUUGAAAAGUACAUCAAGACUUGUCACUUUGACCAUUGCCAGAUAAAUUCCACUGUUGAUUGUUCUAGCCUGGAAGCUGCUGCUACAGUUUGUGCAAGUAUAGGCAUAUGUGUUAAUUGGAGACCUUUCACAAAUAAACAAUGUGACUACACGUGUCGCCGAGAUUUAGUUUAUAAGCCAUGUCAGGGAAGGGGAGACGAUUAUUGUGUGAAUGACAUGGUUCAGCCUGGGAUAAAAUUUCCCUCUGCUCAAGAAGGAUGCUUUUGUCCAGAUGGAAAGAAGUUGGCAGAAGAUGGUACUAAAUGUGUUGCUUCAUGUAAAGGUUGCAAGGCCAGGCCAUAUACUAAAAAAAUUGUCAAGGAUGAUUGUGAAGCAAAUGUUAAUGUAAACCAAUGUGAAGGGGAAUGCUUUUCAAUCACUAAAUUUAACUUUGAUACAAAUGCCUUGACACAUUUUUGUCAGUGCUGCCGUGAAAGGGAGACAGAAGAGAAGUCAGUGAAACUACAGUGUAGGAAUGGAGCUACCAGGACAUAUAAGUAUAUCGACAUCAAGUCAUGCAUGUGUGAAGGUGAUGAAAAUGAGAAUGGCCAGCAGUUGCAAUGAUACUUGUUAUGAACUAAAAGUCAUAAUUUCAAUAACCUAUCUAGAAAGCUGUCUUAGUCUAAAUUGCUCUGUAUUACCAUAUUACUGGUAAAUCAGAUCCAUUACCAAAAAGUAUCCUAAAAUUCUCAUUAGCAUCACAUGGUACUAGCGCUAUUUUCAGCAAUAGCUGGUAGCAUCUUUGAAUUUUUACUUUCUGAAACCU